AUGGCGUGGUUGGAGCUCCCUGGUGCUGCUGGCCCUGGUGGCAUGAGCGCCGUAGUGCUGGGGGCAGCCGCGGUGCUAGAGACGCUGCGCGGUGCUGGGCGGCGCGGGGCGGUACCGGGCGGUACGGGUGGUACCGCACGUCGCUGGGCGGUACCGGGCGGUACCGCGCGUCGCUGGGCGGUACCGCGCGUCGCUGGGCGGUACCGCGCGUCGCUGGGUGAUGCCGGGCGGUGUAGCGCGUCGCUGGGCGGUGCCGGGCGGUACUGCGUGGUAUGGGCGGCGUCGCGCGUCGCAGGGCGAUGCCGGGCGGUACCAGGCGGCCGAGCCGAGCAGCCACUCGUUGGGCAGCGAAUGCUUGCCCAGGCGGUGGUUGUGGCGGCGAGUGCUUGUCCAGCGCGCGUGGGGGCGCGUGGGGCGGCCCUGGGCGGCGAUUGGCGGCGUGCAGCAGUGCGUAGCAGCCCGUGGUGCUGCUUGGCGCUGCUGGGCCGGCCAAGCCGCGGCGCGUUGGGCGGCGGGUGCUCGCCCGAGCGCUGGGUGUGGCAGCCGCGGGCAGCUGGUCGUGCUGUGGCGGCCGCGGCAGCUGCUGGCGUUGGCUGGGUCGGCGGCUGCUGCUGCUGGCAGGGCCGAGCUGCUGUGGCGGCUGCUGUGGCGAUUUGGGUGCUUGACCGUUGUGGGCCGUUGGAUCAAGGGGAUCUGACGGUGGAGGAUGGGCGAGAAGGGAGAGAGAGCAGCAACGUGAGCGGGCAGUGUGUUUGCUCUCAGAUUGGGUGGAUUCUUCGCAGUUCUGUGGCAAAUGUCUAG